CAGAGAAAGUCAGGAGAGCGCUCCUAGGGGAGCCUCCACAGAUACAGAUGACAGGAAAUGACCCACCCCUGUGGUCACUUACUCCAAAGGCACAGACCUUCAAAGUGCUCUUCGUGGAAUGGAUGAGUCUGCAAAGACCCAGCCACCGCGCCCUUCGUUUUGCCCUGAGAAAGGAGAAGAAAUGAAAGUAGGAGGUGUUUCCAUCACUCCGCAGAAGGAGUGCGCCUGGGUUGGGAUCUGCAGGGAUGGAAGGCUGCUGACUGCAACUCUCCUACUAGCCCUGUUGUCCAGCAGCCUCACGGUGAUAUCCUUGUACCGGUUUGCUGCUCUGCAAGCCGACCUGAUGAGCCUGCGCGCGGAACUGCAGCGCUACCGGGCUGCAGCAGCACCGGCCGCCCCAGGGGCUCCAGGGGCCCCCGCAGGAGCCAAACUCCUGGCACCGGCAGCUGCGCGAGCCCACAACUCCAGCUUUGGCCACAGGAACAGACGCGCUUUCGAGAGUCCGGAGGAAACAGUCACUCAAGACUGUCUACAGCUGAUUGCAGACAGUGCCACACCGACCAUACGGAAAGGAUCUUAUACAUUUGUUCCAUGGCUUCUCAGCUUUAAAAGAGGAAGCGCCCUGGAGGAGAGAGAGAACAAGAUCGUGGUGAGGCAAACCGGUUACUUCUUCAUCUACAGCCAGGUUCUAUACACAGACACCAUCUUUGCCAUGGGACACCUCAUCCAGAGGAAAAAGGUGCACGUCUUUGGGGACGAGCUGAGCCUGGUGACCCUCUUCCGAUGUAUUCAGAAUAUGCCAAGAACACUACCCAACAAUUCCUGCUACUCAGCUGGCAUAGCGAGAUUGGAAGAAGGAGACGAGAUUCAGCUCGCGAUACCUCGAGAGAACGCACAGAUCUCCAGAGAUGGAGAUGGCACCUUCUUUGGGGCCCUAAAACUGCUGUGACCCCCACUUCCUGGACUGCGACCCCUUCCCUCCUUUCUCCUGGACCUCCACAGGAAAAAUGAACAGCUGGAAAUAUCAAAAGACCGGGAAAUCAUCGCCCAAACUUUCCCUGGGAGCCGUUUAGUUUGGUUCACUGAAACUGGUCCAAAACAGGAGAUUUAAUGGACAACCACUAUCAGAACUUAUCAUGUGGGUUACGAGAAAUGCAGUCCGUAGUCGUAAAGACAGGACCCGGAAGGCGGUGCUCUGCAGUCUGUGUCAACAUGGCCAAUGCCCUUGCUUCUCAUCUUGGGAAACACACAGUUCAGAAAGCAGGAAGAUUUCUUCAGAAAAGGACUUUUGGACUUCACAGUGAGAAGAGGGUUCGUUCGUAUCUGUAGUCACUGAAACAUUCCUGCAAAGUCUCAGGAUUUGUCUUUCUUUUCACAUUAAAUAGACUCUUCUUUUUUCCAGUUAAUACUAGGGAAAAAUUUUGCUUGUUUGUUUGUUUUUUAAAUCUAGGUGUCUUGAACUAGUCAUAGACAAAAAUACUUAGAGGUUCAACUUUGACCAUUUUAAAAUAAACUUAAUUUAAAAUGUUUAAACAUCAAAUAAUUAGAUAGAUAAGAGCUGACUAUUGAAGUUUUCCUGGUUUAGGUCAAGUGUGAUAUUGUUUCUAAAACUUUAUCGAAGUCUUUUUCAUGGGAGGAGGGCAUUUCCUCAUUUUGGAUCACAUGUGUAUCUUGUAAUAUCUCUCAGCUGCUUUGUAAAACGUUAUUGCAGACACCACCUGAUGAGCACCGAGAACCCAAAAUGCAAAACUGCGGUCACACCCACCAAACCCCUCAGGUAGAGGCCGCAUCUGUAGCAGAGGAAUGAAUGCGUUGCGCCGGUGUCCAGUCCCAUUGCAUGCUGCUGCUGCUGCAGCUGCAGUUCUUGCCGUGCAGCCCUGCAGGAAGAUCUGCCUUAUUUGCUCUGUAACAGUUAAGGUUUAAGCAGAGUUCAUAGCGUCUGGCGUCACACAGGGCACAUACAUGCUCCCAUGAUGACUGUGCCUCAGGGGGUUCCUCACAGAGAACUGCACUUCACAGAGCGGCACAUGCGUCUCUCGUGGCGUCUGCUUCCUGUGUGUUAGGUCUUGUGUGUCAUUAGUUGCUCCCACUGGAAGCUUCGCUUCACUAAAGAGGAAAUGGAAGAGGAGACAUCUAUUUCCCCAUCCACCUUAACAGUGUGAAGGUGACCUUGCCACAACACAGGAAACAAUUCGAAUCCGUAUCACAAAUCUAAUAUUGCUUAACUCUCCAUCCUCUGUAUCUUUUGUUUUGGGGUUCAAGUGAGAUGGACUUGGAAGUUUAUUUUGUUUUAUAAAACAGUAAUUAGAAAGCAGAAGUGGUCUGGUCGGUAGGGAAGGGCAUUGACUCAGAGGAAUGGCUAGCGAUUUCCAUGGUGUUGCUGCUAAGGUUGAUUGCCAAAUAAAACCACUGUGCCUUCUG